UGUGCCAAUUUGCAGCGAAGCGGCGUAAUACGGAACUCGAAGUCACGAGACGCGAGUGAUUGUGAAAAAUACGUUUUGUGUCUCGUCGUACAUUUACAAUAAAAAAAUCUGCAAUUAAUUGUCACGCUGGUUGUCCUGACGUUUUCUCGCGGGCGGCGAUUCACCGAAAAUGGGGACGCGUUCGUGCGUAACGAGCGUUUCUCCGCCGAGGAGAGGUUAAAAAUCGGUUAACCACUCGCGCGAAAUGUCGGAUAAGUUGGAUAUGGACAUUGAUAAUCAGAGCGAAGACGGAGAAAUUAAGAAGAGUCCGCUGAAAGACAUGGGUGAUUAUAGAUAAAAAACAUCGAAAGCAGAAUGACGAGCGAUGCUGCCCAGAAUUUUUAGUUUUUCGGAAGAAGAGGGUGGCGACACGGCCGACUCUUUGGAUAUUAAGCCACCACAGGCAGUGGUGCGUCAUCACAAAUCUAGUUCGUCUCGUCGAAGAGAGAAACACAGCGACAGAAGAAAUCGUCGUGAUGAGAAAGAACGCAAAUCACGUCAGCAUGAACGUGAGGACAGGCACAGGGACAAGCAUAGGCAUCGCAGACAUGUGGGAGAACCUAUGGAGAGAUCCGAACGUUUGGAGAGUUCCAAGAGGAACCGCGACAGAAUGGAGCGUCUAGACAGGAUGGAAACCCAUUCUAGAGAUAGAGAAUCUUCUAGGCACGAUCGUAAAGAAAGAAGUACGGGAGAUCGUGUUUUAGAAGACUUGAGAGAAAGAUUAUUGGAUAAGAGAAGAGAGAGACGGGAGGAUCCGCGAGAUACUCGUAACUAUAAGAUCGAGUCUCGACACGACCUACGAAUAGAGGAGACGCGAGAGAUACGUGAAUCGCGUGAUCGGCGAGAUGUACGGUUAGAAGAUAUUCGUCGUGAAGUGCGUACGAUGGAGGACAGUAGAGAACGUCGCGAGAUUCGUAUAGAGGACCAAAGACACAUACGGAUGAUCAUGGAUGAGCAAUUCUCGGAGAGCGAGAUGAUGGAACGAUCCGAGAAACGUCGCAAGAGAUCUCAUAAACACGAUAGAACUCGUGAGAGAGAUCAAGAAAAGAUGGAGCGCGAGAAGGAGAACAAACAGUUGCGAGAAGCGAUAGAAAUCGCGAAUGAAAUGGAAGUGGACGUGCCAAAUGAGAUCUCGAUACAGAUUAAAGAUCCCAAGGAGAUGACGGAGCAAGAACUCAGAAAGGAAAGAUUAUUGGAAGCCGAUAGAGAAAUGGCUAGGCGAAAAGAGGUAUCUAGGAUGGAAUUAGAGGCGAGAAGAAUGAAGAGAGGCGAGAAACGGCCAAUGAGUCCAGAUAAUAAUCCAGAUCCUUCGAUUGUAGAGUUAUCAGAUGAAAGCGUCAGUCCUAUUCAUUCUGAGGGCGCACGAUCAAAAUCAAUUGAAUCUAGACAUUCAUCGGAAGGUGAGAGAAGUCCACAUGAGAGAUCUUCGGAGCGACACUCAUCCGAUUCUUCGGAAUCGAGCAGCGACGACGAUGAUGAUUCUAAUGAGUCGAAUAAAGGUUCCGGUGCUGAUUCUAACGAUGGCUCGGAAUACAAUAAUCCAAGUCCUUUAUCUGUUGAUCGAUUAGCCAAGUCCGAUCAUUCGGAUGGAGAUUCUCCCGGACAUGUUGAUUCUAAUAAUCCUUCGAAGAAUAUAGAAGAAGAGGAAAAGAAAGAGGUAGAACCGGAAUUACCACCAUAUUUGCCUGCUAUUCAAGGUUGCAGAAGCGUCGAGGAGUUUCAAUGUUUAAAUCGAAUCGAAGAAGGUACAUACGGAGUUGUAUACAGAGCACGCGACAAACGUACAGAUGAAAUAGUCGCGUUGAAACGAUUGAAAAUGGAAAAAGAGAAGGAAGGUUUUCCAAUUACGAGUUUGAGGGAGAUCAACACAUUGUUAAAAGCGCAACAUCCUAAUAUUGUUACCGUACGAGAGAUAGUCGUCGGCAGUAAUAUGGAUAAGAUAUUUAUUGUUAUGGAUUACGUAGAACACGAUCUAAAAUCCCUUAUAGAAACCAUGAAGCAGAAAAAGCAAGUUUUUAUUCCUGGAGAAGUUAAGUGUCUAAUGCAGCAACUGUUGCGCGCGGUUGCGCAUCUACAUGAUAAUUGGAUAUUGCAUCGUGAUUUAAAGACAUCCAAUUUACUAUUAAGUCACAGGGGUAUUUUGAAAGUGGGCGAUUUUGGUUUAGCUCGGGAAUAUGGCUCUCCUUUAAGACAAUACACACCGAUUGUUGUGACACUUUGGUACAGGGCUCCUGAAUUAUUGCUGUGUGAUAAGGAAUAUGCAGGAUUAUAUAGUACACCUAUAGAUAUGUGGUCCGUAGGAUGUAUCUUUGCCGAGCUUUUAAGGAUGGAACCACUAUUCCCGGGAAAAUCGGAUAUAGAUCAAUUGAAUAAAAUCUUUAAGGAGCUGGGUACACCAAGUGAAAGAAUUUGGCCGGGGUACACUAAAUUACCCAUAGUACAAAAGAUUCCGUUUGCGCAUUAUCCUGUAAAUAAUCUUAGACAAAGAUUCAGUCUGUCGUUGUCUGAACUAGGCAUUGAGUUGCUAAACAAGUUUUUAACGUAUGAUCCUCGUCAACGUGUAACCUCCGAAGAUGCUCUGAGUCAUGGUUAUUUUACUGAAGCACCUUUGCCAAUCGAUCCGCAAAUGUUUCCUACGUGGCCUGCUAAAUCGGAACAAGGAAUUAGAACUACAAAUGCGUCUCCAAAACCUCCAAGUGGUGGUAGAGAAUAUAAGCAACUGGGCGAUGGUGAGGAUGCUGAAUUGAGCAACUCCGGUUUCCACAUGGGUUUAACAGAGGGCGGUAGGGCUCCGCCAGUUGGUGGUGGUUUCCACUUGAAAUUUUAGUUGCAAGAGAAAGUUUUGUAUCCUGAAUUGUGAAUAUCUUGAAAUGACUUUUAUCUGAAUAGAAUAUUUAAGAUAUCUUUUA